AUGGCAACUACUAAUACUAUGGUAUGGCGAUACAUUGUUCUACUGCUGAUGAUAUAUACAUCAAGCACAGACGAAAUAACAAAACUUAUAACAAUCAGUGACAGUCUAAUGAACAGUGUUCCUGACUAUUCACGCUUCUUCACAGUUGAUGAACUCUUCAACCAUUCACGUGUCGUAGCUUUUACACAUCCAAAUCUUGUAAAAUAUCAGAACGUUGGGUAUUCCCGGAAUGGAGAAGCUAUUCCAAUGUUGAGCAUCGGAAACGGCUCCAAGUCUUUGUUACUCUACGCUUGUCCACAUCCUAAUGAACCAAUUGGCUCAUUGCUUGUGGAUUUUCUACUUGAUGCUCUGUUUGAGCACAUCGAUUUAUUAGAAGCAUAUACAUGGCAUUUACUACCAUGCGUCGAUCCCGAUGGAACACGAUUGAACGAGGGUUGGUUUUCUGGUCCAUUUACCAUUCGUAACUACGCACAGUAUUUCUAUCGACCACGAACAGAAGAACAAGUAGAAUGGACUUUUCCUAUUGUUCAUAAAAAUUAUAGUUGGAGCACACCUUCCAACGAAACACAAGCACUAAUGAAUGCUAUCCAAUUCACACAACCUGACUUUGUUUAUGGCUUACAUAAUUCUGGUUUCGGUGGCAUGUAUUACUACAUUAGUCAACCUCUCUCGGACAUAUUUCCUGAAUUAGAACAGUUACCAUCAACGUUAGGUUUGUUUCUUGCCAAAGGUGAAGCUGAAUCUCCGUGGGUCACCCAGUUUGCACCGGCCAUUUUUAGUCCAUUGAGCUUACGUAAUGCGUAUGAUUAUUAUGAGAAGUAUACACAUAUCGAUCCAGUAAGUAUGAUGAGUGGAGGUGGAACUAGUUUUGAUUAUCUGGAAGAAAUUGGUCUAAAUAACACCAUUUUUCUCAUGGCAGAGCUACCCUAUUUUCAAUCACCUGUUGUAGCAAAUGAUACGAUUAUUCCGAAUCGAACAGAACGGGAUGUUCUUCUUCAAGGCCUUGAUAAGGACGAUGAAAGUUUAUUUCAAUGUUUCAACUAA